ACCUCAAUGGACAAAGUGAUGGCAACAGUUUUUGCGUUCAAUCAUAAGUCGCUCGGUUUCUUUCAUAAGGUCGGUUUCACGAGCGAUCCGACAUGCCCGACUGCCGAGGAUCAACUGGACUAUUUGAUUCUAUCAAAGCCGUGUACUGUUGAUACUUUAUAA